UUGUAUUUUCUUUCUUUUUUUUUAUAGCUUUGUAUGUCUAAUAAACUCUUUUUAAAUAAAGUAACGCGUCGACUCUUUUCUUCAAGCUUUGUCUUACCAGACAAGAAACAGUUUGUUGUGUUCUUGAAAGACUAUAAAGACCCUGAGUGUCUUCAACGCCGUCUAGGGGUUCGUGAAAAACAUUUGUCAGGGGCUAUCACAGCAAAUAAGAAUGGUUCCUUACAAGCAGGAGGGGCUAUUUUAGACAGUCAUCAAUCUGGUAAAAUGAAAGGCAGUGUCAUGAUCAUGUCUGCUGAAUCUACUGAAGAAGUCGAGCAAAUGAUUCUUCAAGAUCCUUAUACAAAAGCCAAAGUUUGGGAAAGCUGGGAAAUCUAUCCAUUUAAAUCUGCUAUUGGACUCCCUCAUCUCGGCUAAAAUAAACUGUGGUCAAUGCUGAUAGGACAAAUUUUGUUCUUUUCUGUUCUUUUAUUUUUUACAUGUAUCCCGUCAUUAGACUGUAAUAAUUACUGUGUUUUAAAUAAAGUAUCAAUCUCUUUAUCCACAAGGAAACCUCUACCAAGCUUUUGGUUCUAACUAAAAUUAAACUUUGAUAUACAAUGGACCAAUUGAAAUCGAGAAAUGCAAGCUUGAAAUAUGACGAUGUAAAAAAGACAAAAAAAGGAGGGGGGGACAUGGUUGUGAGUAAAAAAAAAAAAA